UUUCUUGGCAUUCCCUUGUUCGCAUCGCAACUUCCCCAAACCCUUCUCCCCCGACCCAACAAUCAUCUCCCUCCCACCCUGCCACACUUCCCAUCUUGCCAUCGCCCCUCUCUCCUACCUCGCCGUCGCCUCUCCCUCUCGUCCCUCCGUCGCCUCUCCCUCUCGUCCCGCCGUCGCCUCCCUCUUAGCCCGCCAUCGCCUUCUCCUCCCAUCCCUCCGUCGCCUCCCCCUGCUACCCCACCGUCGCUCCCCUUCUCAUCCCGCCGUCGCCUCCCCCUGCCGUCCCGUCGUCACCGCUGACGACAGCUGCACGAGCGCGAGCUGGCGGGCGAGUGCGGGUUGGUCUCUGAGGCACCGUGAUACUCAGGUCUGUGAGUACACGGAGCAAGCGAGGAUGGUCGAUACCAAGGUAUCGGCUGAUGCCGGACCUCAAGGCGACAAAGGCGGUGGGAAGGGAAGCGGCGAGAAGGCGUUGAGUGAGAAAGCGCAGGCACGGAAGCGGGCAAAGCUGGAGAGGCUAAAGAAGAAGUUGGUGCAAAAGAAGGCAGCCAAGCGCGGACAUGGCAGCGAAGAAGCAGGCGAAGCGGCAGGGGGGCGAGCGGCAUUAGAGAAUGGGCGUGGGGGCGAGGAGAGGGAAGGGAAGCGGAGGCGCAUGGUGAAGCACCCCAUGCGAGUGGCGGGGCAACGGCCAGGCGAGCAGUGCUUCUCGUGCGGCGCCGCAAAUCACGCCGCCAAGGAUUGCCCGAAACGAAAGGAGCGCAAAGUGUCCAAGGCGUGUCUCUUCUGCCGGCAGUGGGGCCACGUCGUCAGCGAGUGCCCGCGAGCUGCCUCGGCGUCCGCACCCGCUGUGCCGCAGCCGCCAGGCGCCUCUGGCGAGCAGGGCACGGGGGUCGCGGCAUUGGAGGGAGAAGGGCGUGAGCAAGACGACAAGAGUGCGGUCGGCACAGAGGGGUUGGGAGUGGGCAUCUGCUACAACUGCGGCUCCACGCGUCAUCGCCUGCACAACUGCCCUUUGCCGCGAGCCAACGGCGGAGCAGCACAUGCGGUGUGCUUUGUGUGCCAGCAGAAGGGCCAUCUCAGUCGUGACUGUCCCCAGAACCCCAACGGCCUCUAUCCCAAGGGCGGCUGUUGUCGCAUAUGUGGACUCAAGACCCAUCUUGCUCGUGACUGUCCUUCAAAGCACGCUGCUGCUACGUCUGCUGCUGCUGCUCCUCCUCCUGCCAGCGCUGCAAAGGUGGAAGGGAGCCAAGGCACCAGGAAGCUGUUGAACAGGCACCAUAUUUUCCCUGGAGGAGACGACUUGGGGGACGACUUUGGGGACGCCAUUUUGCAGCCACUGCAGGCGAAGCGGGGGGAUCAGCAAGAUGGGGAAGGUGAUGCUUUAGAGGAUUUUGAAGAAGCUCAAGGUAGCGAUGAUGAGUUGCUGAUGGGGAGCGAAAACGCCGGUAGGCCAGGUUCGUUGGCUGGUCGGCGUUUCAGUGGCAGGCGGGGAGGGAGAGGCCGAGGCGGAGCUUUUCAUGCUGGUGGCAACAGGCGGCAGGGAAAGGGAUGGUGA